GUUUGCGGCAAUUUUUGGCGGCGAAGCAUCGGCAUAACGGACCGCAGCAGGAACUUCUUUUUCAAGGGAAUUUUUUGAUUUUCUGUGAUUUUUCAUCGUGAAAAUGGAGCUAAUUUCCUGCGGGAAGAACAUUCAGCUACACAGCUUCCCAUCCUUGAGAACCUUGUCCACGUAUGGAUGCGUUGGAGGGCCUGGAUGCUAUGAUUUUCAAUUCUUCCGGAAGAGUAAAUUCUUCGUGGCGACAAACCCACAACUUCCUGCAGUGGAAUAUCUCUCCCUUAAGUCUCAAGGAACAAUCUCCUCCGUGAGGAAGAUGAAGAUGGAGAAUCUCAGCUGUAUUGCCUGCCCCAAGGCUGGUUUGGAUGUCAUCGCUCUGGGACUCUCCACGGGGCAUUCACGCAUUAUAAACUACAAGACAAGGGAGGUGAUACACAGAUUUCCACCGGAAGCAGUUUACAACAAUAGCGUCGUUUCAAUGGAUUUCAAUGCAACGGAUGACUACCUGGCCAGUGCCUAUGACACUGGACAGGUCAAAAUCCACGGGAUGAAGAGCUUCAUUGAGGUGGAUUCCUUCAACAUUGAUAAAAACUCAACCCUGGUGCGCUUCCAUCCAACAAAGAGAUUCCAGCUUGUGGUGGCGUCCUACCUGGGCAGUGUCUCAAUCUACGAUGCUCAGGCAAAGAAGAAGUCCUUCCACAUGAAUCGCCCACAUUCCUCACCCUGCCGUGAUGUUGCAGUGUCCACAAUCAAUGAGAGCUGCCUCUUCUCCGUGGGCUUUGAUUGCUUCAUCAACAUCUACGACACACGUUCAAAGGCUGUGGCGCAGCAGCUCAAGACAGACUACCCCCUAUCUGCCGUUGCGCUCUCCCCGACCUCCCUGGAGUGCGUUGUGGGCAAUCUCAAGGGAGAAAUAAUCCUCUUCGACGUCCGGAAGCUCCCGGAAUCCCUCGCAAAGGUCCAAAGUCACGAGAAUCUCGUCUCUCGCUUAACCUUCGUUCCUCCGGAGAAGACGGAAGUUGACAUGACCACGUCAAGAUCAACUGAAUGCCACGAGGAUGUCUCCACGUCGGAUCAGGGAGUCUCCCUCAAUGAAUCUGUCGAUGUUUUCAGCCUCCUGCCAAUUAUUGAUAAGAAUCGUCCCAGUGAGGCAGCCCCACUGGGGCGUCGUGAUAGCUUUGCUGACUUCCUCAGUACUCACAUGAACAGCCUCGAGAAUACCCGGAAAUCCAUGGAAGUGCAGGAGAAGCGUAAAUCACACUCAAGGCGUUCCACAAAUCACGAGGAAGGAAUGGGAGAUUCGGAAGAGAAGGAAAACCCACCGGAUUUCUCUUUUGUAACCUUCCGGAAAAAGAGAUUCUCCGGCCAAGCUGAACCGAAGCUCUCUGAUGUGAAGGAAGCUGAAGAAAGUGAAGAAGUUCCGGGAUUAGGUGUUCCGGAAAGGGAUUUAGAAGCUCCAGAAGCUUCACAAACCACAGAAGGGGAAGAAGCAUCCCCAAAAGGAGAACAGGAAGUUCCACAAGGAGCUGAGAAUCUCCCAGAAGAAGCACAAAACCCUUCAAAUGCAGAAAAGGAAGUUCAAGAGAGGCAACAAAAUCAUCCAAAUGGGGCACUGGAAGUCCCCGAGAGGGAACCAAGUAGAUCCCCAACGAGUUUCUGCAAUCUCCACCCAAAUUCCAACAGUACUCCCAACAGAAUCCCAGAUAAUCCGGCUUCUUCUGCCCUCAAGGAGAGUAUCGUGCAGGAAAUCACUCAGGCAAUAAAGAGAUCAGAGAAUGAGCUCAAAUACGAAGUAAAUUCCCUCAAUUGGAAGACCUACAGUGAGAUGUUUAACUUGUGGCAGCAUCACAAUCGUCUCCUGGAAGAGAUGAAUGAAAAUAUCCACGUCCUGGCUGAUGGGAUGGCCCUACUGCUCCGCACAGAUGAGGUUGUCAGUGAAUUUCAGCGGCUGCAGCAAGAGAAUCAAGCCCUGAGGGAUCAGCUGGCUAGGAUAAAUCACAGGUUCAGCAAUUAAAUGAGCAGCGAGUGGUCAGAAGUGGACCGGGAAGCCCUUCCGGACGUUCCAAGUUGAAGAUUUGUGAAGAUUUUUUGAUCUUAUUGAGAAGGGAAUUUGAAUAUUUUGAUAAAGAUUUUAUUUCAUUAAAUUUUUUAAACAUU